AUGUUUUGCCAUAAUUGUUUACGUCCUUCACCUUAUUGUCAAUGUUUACAAAUAGUACAAUUGUUAUCUGGUCUAAUUCAAGAAGCAAUUUUACAAAAACAACAAGAAGAGAGACAACAACAACUAUUUUAUGAGUUACAAAGACAAAGAUGUCAACAAUUAGCAUUUUCUCAAUCAUUAAACAAUCAAUAUUCUUUUAAUUCAUUUGGAAACCAAAAUCCAUACGAACAUUUAUUUCUUUCAAGUUGGACAAAAUAUGAUUGUGGUAGACCAACUUCAAUUCAAUAUAUCCAAUUCAGUGAUUAUUAUAUUCAAAAACACAAACAAAAUUAUGAUUCUUUAUUUAUACCAAAAAAUGAAAUGAUAUUAUUUCAUGGUACUCCAAAUACAUGUUCAACUAUAACUUGUGGAAGAUGCAGUGCAUGUGGAAUAAAAGAAUCUGGUUUUAAAAUUUCAUUUAGCGGUACAAAUAUAUCUUUUUUAAGAUUUGGAAGAGGUAUCUAUCUUGCACCAAAUUCAUCAAAAGCCAAUGAUUAUAACAAUAAUCAAAACAACAAUUAUCGUUGUACUAUUGUUUCAAAAGUAAAUCUUGGUAACUCAGUUAGAUUGUUACAAACCAAUCAACAAUUUUCCCUUCCAUAUGGAUAUCAUUCAGUUCAUGGUCAAGCUGGAUGUGAUUUAAAUUAUGAUGAAUAUGUUGUAUAUAAUGAAAAACAAGUUUUACCAAUAGGCAUAUUUAUUUAUAAAUUACAUUAG